CAAGUAUUCAGUCUAUUAGAAAAAUCUUGGUCUGGUUCCCCUGUGCAGUUUGCUUGGCAGAAAACUUUGGGAAAUUUCCUUGCUGUAACAGGAGGUGAUCGUGUUGUGAAGAUUUUUGAUCGUCAUGGUCAGAAAAGAAAUGAAAUCAGCUUACCAGGUAACUGUGUGGCUAUGGACUGGGAUAAGGAUGGAGAUACUUUAGCAAUAAUCACAGACAAAUCUAGUGCCAUAUUUCUGUGGGCUGCGAACACAAACAAAACAAGCCAAGUAGACAGUGGCAUGAGGGAUGCAAUGUCUUUCUUAUUAUGGUCUCGAGUUGGAACUUUACUUGCUGUUGGAACAGCAAAGGGAAACUUACUUAUAUAUAACCGUCAGACUUCUCGCAAGAUUCCUGUUCUUGGUAAGCACACUAAGCGGAUUACUUGUGGUUGUUGGAGUGCUGAAAACCUUCUGGCUCUAGGCGGUGAAGACAAAAUGAUUACUAUAAGCAAUCAGGAAGGAGAUACUAUAAGACAGACCUCAGUGAGCUCAGAUCCCAGUGAUAUGCAGUUCUCAGUUAUGAAGACUGACGAAAGAAUAUCAACCAGGGAAAGCACAGUAAGUGUAGUGGUCGGCAAGAAGACUCUCUUUCUUUUUAAUUUGAAUGAUCCUGAUAACCCGAUUGAUCUGAAAUUUCAGCAGCCUUAUGGCAGUAUUGUGACCUACAGAUGGUAUGGUGAUGGCUACAUUAUGAUUGGUUUCUCACGAGGGUGUUUUGUAGUCAUUUCUACACACAUUCGUGAGAUAGGUCAAGAAAUCUUUCAAGCUCAUAAUCAUAAGGAUAACUUAAGCAGCAUUGCUAUAUCACAGUCACUAAACAAAGCUGCAUCAUGUGGAGACAAUUGCAUUAAAAUCCAUGAUCUGUCAGACCUGAGAGAAAUGUAUGCCAUAAUAAAUUUGGAUGAUGAAAACAAAGGUGUAGAUCAGCUGGCUUGGACAGAUGACGGACAGUUGUUGGCAGUAUCUACACGAAGAGGAUCCCUCCAUGUUUUCUUGACAAAGCUUCCUAUCCUUGGAGAUGCUUGCAGUACACGGAUUGCAUACCUCACUUCUCUUCUAGAAGUUACUAUAGCAAAUCACGUGGAGAGAGAGCUGCCAGUCACAGUCUCUGUUGAAGUGGAGCCCAGUUUUGUUGCUAUUGGUGUUUAUCAUUUGGCUGUAGGAAUGAACAAUCGGGCUUGGUUUUAUGCACUUGGAGAGAAUAAUGUGAAAAAGCUUAAAGAUGUGGAGUACCUGGGGACAGUAGCAAGUAUGCACCUUAAUUCUGAUUAUGCCGCUGCUCUGUUUGAGGGUAAAGUCCAGUUGCAUAUGAUAGAAAGUGAAGGUUUGGAUGGUCAGGAAGAACGAGAAACUCGACUCUUCCCAGCAGAUGGUGAUAAAUACCGAAUUUUAUGCCAUGCUCUAACUAGUGACUUUCUCAUAUAUGGUACAGAUACUGGAAUUAUUCGUUAUUUCUACAUUGAAGACUGGCAAUAUGUGAAUGAAUAUCGACAUCCUGUCAGUGUGAGAAAAAUUUUUCCAGAUCCCAGUGGAACCAGAUUGGCUUUCAUAGAUGACAAAAGUGAUGGCUUUGUCUAUUGUCCAGUAAAUGAUAGAUUAUAUGAGAUUCCAAACUUCUCACCAACUAUUAAAGGAAUCCUGUGGGAAAACUGGCCAAUGGAUAAAGGUGUUUUUGUUGCUUUUGAUGAUGAUAAAGUGUACACUUACGUUUUUCAUAAAGAUGCCAUUCAAGGAUCAAAGAUUAUUUUGGCAGGUGGCACAGAAGUCCCCUUUUCCCAUAAACCUUUGUUGUUGUAUAAUGGAGAAUUAACUUGUCAGACUCAGAGUGGGAAAACAAAUAAUAUCUAUCUAAGUACUCACAGUUUCCUCGGCAAUUUGAAAGACUUUGGACCUAAUGAGCUGACACAAAUGCUUACUCAGACUUUAAUGUUGAAAAGGUUUUCUGAAGCAUGGGAGUUGUGCAGACUUCUGAAUGACCAGUCUGGUUGGAAUGAGCUGGCCAGAGCUUGCUUACAUCAUAUGGAGGUGGAUUUUGCAAUACGUGUUUAUCGGACAUUGGGUAAUGCUGGGAUGGUGAUGUCACUGGAGCAAAUAAAGGGAAUAGAAGACCACAACCUUUUAGCAGGACAUCUUGCCAUGUUUACUAGUGAUUUUAAUCUGGCUCAGGAUUUAUAUCUUGCAUCCUCCUGUCCUAUUGCUGCACUUGAGAUGCGAAAAGACUUGCAACACUGGGACAGUGCGCUUCAGCUGGCUAAGCGCUUGGCCCCAGACCAAAUCCCUUUCAUAUCAAAGGAAUAUGCGAUGCAGCUUGAAUUCACGGGUGAUUAUGUUAAUGCUCUGGCACAUUAUGAGAAGGGUAUCACUGGAAACAAUAAGGAACAUGAUGAAGCUUGCCUUGCUGGAGUGGCUCAAAUGUCCAUUCGAAUGGGAGAUAUCCGUCGAGGUGUAAACCAGGCCAUUAAACAUCCCAGCAGGUUACUAAAAAGAGACUGUGGAGCUAUUCUGGAAAGUAUGAAGCAAUUUUCAGAAGCUGCUCAGCUGUAUGAAAAGGGACAAUAUUAUGACAAGGCAGCAUCAGUAUACAUCCGGUGUAAAAACUGGGCAAAGGUUGGUGAACUUCUUCCUCAUGUUUCAUCUCCAAAGAUUCAUUUACAAUAUGCAAAGGCCAAAGAAGCAGAUGGCAGGUACAAGGAAGCUGUGAUAGCUUAUGAGCAUGCCAAACAGUGGGACAGUGUAAUUCGACUAUAUUUGGAGCACCUUAAUAAUCCUGAAAAGGCUGUUAAUAUUGUGAGGGAAACACAGUCUCUUGAUGGAGCAAAGAUGGUGGCCAGAUUCUUUCUGCAGCUUGGUGACUAUGGUUCUGCCAUCCAGUUCCUGGUCAUGUCCAAGUGCAAUAAUGAAGCUUUCACAUUAGCUCAACAACACAACAAGAUGGAGAUUUAUGCUGAUAUCAUCAGUUCUGAAAGUACUACCAAUGAAGAUUAUCAGAGCAUUGCACUAUAUUUUGAAGGAGAAAAGAAACAUUUUCAGGCGGGAAAAUUUUUCUUGCUGUGUGGUCAAUAUGGACGGGCAUUAAAGCACUUUAUGAAAAGUCCAAGCACAGAAGAUAACUUGGCUAUCGAAAUGGCAAUUGAAACAGUGGGACGGGCAAAAGAUGAAGCCCUAACAAAUCAGCUGAUAGACUAUCUUAUAGGAGAGAGUGAUGGCAUGCCCAAGGAUGCCAAGUACCUGUUCCGCUUGUACAUGGCACUAAAGCAAUACAGAGAAGCUGCCAGAACUGCUAUAAUAAUUGCCAGGGAGGAGCAGUGCUCAGGAAACUACCGAAAUGCACAUGAUGUUCUUUUCAGUAUGUAUUCAGAGUUAAAGACCCAGAAGAUUAAAAUUCCUUCUGAGAUGGCUACAAACCUUAUGAUUCUACACAGCUAUAUUUUAGUGAAGAUUCACGUGAAGCGUGGUGAUCACCUGAAGGGAGCGCGCAUGCUUGUACGCGUGGCCAACAACAUCAGCAAGUUCCCAUCACACAUUGUGCCAAUUUUGACUUCAACUGUAAUUGAAUGUCACAGAGCAGGACUGAAGAACUCAGCCUUCAAUUUUGCUGCGAUGUUGAUGAGACAUGAGUAUCGUAAUAAAAUAGAUCUUAAAUACAAAAAGAAAAUUGAAGCAAUGGUCAGACGUCCAGACACAACAGAGGCAGAGGAGCCAACAACAGCCUGUCCCUACUGUGCGUUCCAGCUCCCAGAGUGCGAACUGCUGUGCCCCGGCUGUAAAAACAACCUCCCGUACUGCAUUGCAACGGGUCGGCACAUGGUGCGCGACGACUGGACGGUCUGCCCCCACUGUGACUUUCCUGCCCUCUACUCGGAAUUCAAGAACAUGUUACAGACCGAAAACGUGUGUCCCAUGUGCUCCCAAAGGAUUGACAUUGCUCAUCUUAAGAAAGUAAAUGACUGCACGGAGCACCUCAGACUAGAAGAGGGGGACCAUUUACCUCUAGGAGCAUGUUCUGGUUUGGAAUAUGUUCCUGACCACCCGCUGUGCUGCAGUAGCGCAGAGCACAGUUUGAAGAUCUCAGCAUCAUCAAAUCCUCCUACAGAUCUACAAGCCGAUCUGCGUGUGGAGUCUGGCAAGCAGCAAGAAAAGCUCUGUCACUACAUGAAAUCCUAG